CCGGGAAUAUUAGUCCUGAUUGGUCAUGAUGAUGACUUUCCGGCCCCAUUUCCGUGAGCACGUUUCCGGCGACAUCCGGAUUGCGGGGUGAAGGGUUGCUGAAGAAAGUAACAAUGGCUGGCCGCAGAGUUACUCUGAAAGCAAUAGACUGGAUGGCAUUUGCUGAGCGAGUGCCUCCUAAUCAGAAACCUAUGUUUAACGCCCUGAAAACACGCAGUGAUGCUCUGUCAGCUAAGCUUACUUCUUUGCCAGAGACUCCCUCGGCCAUAGACUGGGCUUUUUACAAGGCUUCAGUUGCCAAAGCUGGCAUGGUAGAUGAAUUUGAGAAAAAGUUCAAGGCACUCAAGGUUCCUGAGCCAGUGGAUACCCAAACAGCUAAAAUAGAUGUCCAAGAAAAAGAGGCUAACAAGAGUGCUGCUGCCUAUAUACAAGCCUCUAAAGAACGUGUUGUUGAGUAUGAGAAAGAGCUUCAGAAGCUUAAAAACAUGAUUCCUUUUGACCAGAUGACAAUAGAUGAUUAUUACGAGGCAUUUCCUGAAUGCAGGCCGGACAAAGAAAAAUACCCAUAUUGGCCCCACAGGCCUAUUUCUGAAUGGUAAAAGCUAGCUGUCUGGAAGAACUUUGCAGCAUCCAUGAACUCUAAAAUCUCUAGGAGUCUGUUAAAUAAAGUAAUUGUAUUGGA